AUGAAUUCAAAAUCGAUGAGGAUGAUGGAGACUCAGAAGCAUCAAUCCAGGAACGUUGUAGAUAGAAUUAACGUCGGAGUUCCUUCGAAGGUGUUCUCUUCGUCGUCUUCGUCUUCGUCUUCGGUUGCAGCGACGUCGUCUUGGGAAAAUCCUAGCAAGCGCUGUUGUUAUCAUGCGCAUGCGGAGUUGUUGGUUCAGAAUUACUCGAAUUUCAAGAGGAGUGGUCAACCGGUUCGGUUCUUGUAUUAUUCUGAUGAUGGGUAUUGGGUUGAUUUUCCGGUGGAGAUUUUUAAUUCUCUGAGAUCGGGUUUCUUGGAGGGCAAGCCAGUGGUUGAGGUUGAAAUUGAUGGUUCUGGAUGUCUAUUUGAUUUUUAUCGGAUGGUUCAGAUUCAUCUCGAGUCUGGUAAGCAAAUUUCUAUUGCUUGGAUUGAUGCUGAAAACAAGUGUUUUUUCCCUGAAGUAUUUGUCGGUGGAGGCGGUGGAGAAUUCGAGAAUUUUUCCGGAAAUCCGAAUACGGAGAUUGUGAGUUCCUCAGAGAAUCCGAAAGUUGAAAUUGCGGGUGUGAAGGAAAAUUUGAGUUCUGGGAAUCCGAAGAUUGAGGUCGAGAUAAUAAUUGCCGGGGAUUCCAAUUCCAACCUCAGUUCCGGUAAGAGGAAAAGACAGGGCGUUGAUGUUGAAUCGGAAGGACUGAAGGAAGAGACUCAGGGGAGUUCGUCUAAUUGCCAGAGUCACGGAGCGAAAAGGCGGCAAUGUGUUGUAUCUGAUUUGGGAUCACCGAGGUGGCCGAAGGCAAAAUUGUUGAAACCAGGCGAUAAAGCAUAUUCGAUUGUGGAAAAUUUGUUUUCAACUUGGCUAAGAAUUGUUGAGCCUAGUGCUACAAUUACCGCGAUUCAUCAAUGUCUCCGAACCGGUCCGUUGGAUAGAGCACGGUACCAAGUUUUCCAGAAGCAGAUGGAGAUUAUGAAGGCUGCUAGGGGAGACUCCAAUAUGGUAUUCGCUUGGCAUGGGACGUCUGCCAAAGGCGUCGAGAGCAUUUUGGCUCAUGGGUUUAGUAUGCCCAACAAGAUUUCUGGUUCUGAAGCUCAUGGUGUUGGUGUUUACUUGUCUCCUGCAAAGUCACCUCACAUGAGUGCAAUGUUAUCGGAGGUAGAUGAGAAUGGCGAAAAGCAUGUUAUACUUUGUCGAGUGAUAUUGGGCAACCGUGAAAAGGUUGGGGCAGGGUCUCAACAGUUAUAUCCUUCAAAUGUCGGUUUUGAUACUGGUGUGGAUGAUCUUAACAAUCCUAAUUGGUAUGUGGUGUGGUGUGCCAAUAUGAACACACAUAUCCUUCCCGAGUGCGUUGUGAGCUUCAAAUCUUGUCAAGGCGUGCCAGGUCAAUUGAAUGGAUCAUCAUCUACGAAGCCGGUUCCUCAUGCAUUGCCGUUGGGAGCAAAGUUAUUUUCCAAACUGGAAAGUUCUCUUCCUCCAUCCAAAGUUUGUGAAUUGCGAACACUAUGCAGUACAUAUAAGGAUAAAAAAUUGGGGAAAGAGAUUUUCAUGAAACAGUUGCGAUCAGUCGUUGGGGAUGAUAUGUUGCGUAUGACUAUCCAUGAAAUUCGUGGCUAA